UGUCGCUGUCACAAACCCUUCAUAGCGUCUCACAGGCUGGCUCUGAUGCCUCGGAUAAAGAUUAUUCGUGUCACGCUUGUCUAGUCGUGUCCAGCUCGCGCGCCUGGUCUCCACGCGGGACCGAGAACUCGAAAUCGAAAGGUAGUCUGCGCGCGCGUGGAGCGAACUGCGAUUAAAUCAGUUUACUUGUUUGUUGAUAAAAAAGGGGGGAAACAAACCGAGGGGAAAACUUGUGGAUAUUGUUCUGCUUUACUGGAUAUUGGAGCUUUAGGAAUUUCCUUAAAAAAAAACCACACACAGCUUGGGAAGCACCUGGACUGAAGAAAGGCUCGUGGUGGUGAGUGAGUGAGCGAGUGAGAGGGUGCGCGCGCGCUCUCGCGCUCCGCUCCUUCACAGGACGAGAGAUGCGACUGCAGGUGCUCGCGCUUCUCUUCCUUUAUCUGCAAGGAGCUUCUGCGCAAACUGAGGAAGUUUGCGCAGGAACCAAGAAUGGCCUCAGUUUUACCGAAAGCUCUGUGCAGCACUACAACGGCAUGAAGGCACGCUACGAGGGCUGUGAGAUCAUCACUGGGAACCUGGAAAUCACACUUAUGGUGCAAGACUUCGACUUUUCCUUCCUCGGAACUGUUCGGGAAGUGACGGGCUAUGUCCUCAUUGCUACAAACCAGUUUCGCCGGCUUCCUUUGGAGCAGCUGCGAGUGAUCCGUGGCAGCACGCUUUAUGAUAAGGAAUGGGCCCUGUCUGUCUUUCUCAACUUCGAUGGCCAGUAUGGACUGGAGAACCUGGGCCUUAAUCAUCUCACAGAGAUCAUGGCUGGAGGAGUCCAGAUUGUUAAUAAUAAGUACCUGAGCUAUGCUCCCUGGAUCAACUGGCAGGACAUAGUAAGAAACAGCAGUGCUCUUAUCGACAUCAGGGACAAUGGUCCAAAAGCGAAAUGUCAUCCUGAUUGUGGCGAUUACUGCUGGGGUCCGAAUAAGGAUCAAUGUCAGAUCUUGACUAAGACGGUGUGUGCGCCACAGUGUCACGGACGCUGUUUCGGUCCAAGUCCCCAGCAAUGUUGCUACACUGAAUGUGCAGGAGGCUGUAGUGGAACUAAGAACACCGAGUGCUUCGCAUGCCAGCAUGUGAAACAUUUAGAUGCAUGUGUGCUUCAAUGCCCACGGUCACUCAUCUACAACAAGCACGCCUUCCGGAUGGAACCCAAUCCAGACGCCAUGUACCAGUACGGUUCAAGGUGUUUGCAGAAAUGCCCCAAUCACUUUGUGGUGGAUGACAGUGCAUGUGUAAGUGCCUGCCCUCCUGAUAAAAUGGAAGUCGAGAAGAAUGGUACGAAGCAUUGUGAGCCAUGCAAUGGACUCUGCCCAAAAGUGUGUGAGGGUACAGAUUCCAGUAAGAGCGACAGACAGACAGUGGACUCCAGUAACAUUGACAGUUUCAUCAACUGCACUAAGAUCCAGGGCAGCCUUCAUUUUCUUGUCAUGGGGAUUCAUGGGGAUGUCUUUAAUAACAUACCUCCUCUGGACCCUCAGAAACUCAAAGUCUUCAGCACUGUAAGGGAAAUCACAGGAAUUUUAAAUAUUCAGUCUUGGCCUGCAGAGCUGACGGAUUUGUCAGUGUUCUCCAAUCUCACUACUAUACGUGGCAGAACACUUCAGUUACCCUUCUCCCUGUUGGUGAUGAAGGUGGAUUCUCUGACGUCUCUGGGGUUGCAUUCUCUACGGGAGAUCAGCGACGGCAGCGUGUACAUCAGCAAUAACACUAACCUAUGUUACCAGCACACCAUAAAGUGGCAGCAGAUUUUCACCCGCAGAAAAACCAAGGGUCAACGAUUCCCAAACGAUAUCAAGUUCAACAAGCCAGCAAGCCAGUGUGAGGCGGAGGGUCACGUGUGUGAUCCGCUGUGUUCAGACUCAGGCUGUUGGGGCCCCGGACCGGAGCAGUGUCUUUCCUGCAGGAAUCACAGUCGCCAGCAGACCUGUGUGGCCCAAUGUAACAUCUUGUCUGGGGAGCCACGGGAGUUCAUCGGUCCGGCUGGAGAGUGCCGUGCCUGUCAUCCUGAGUGUCUACCACAGGAGGGGCGGGAGACCUGCAAAGGAAAGGGAGCGGAUAAGUGCGAAGUAUGCGCUCACCUAAUGGAUGGUCCCCAUUGCGUGUCCUCCUGCCCUUACGGGGUGACCGGAGAAAGGGGACAGACCAUCUUUAAGUAUGCCGAUAAUACAGGACACUGCCAGCCCUGCCACCAGAACUGCACAAGCGGAUGCACUGGGCCGUCUUUACGAGACUGUAUGAACGCACGUCUAGCAGCGGACAGUCCUCAUAUUGCAGCUAUAGUGAGCGGAGUGUUGGCUGGUCUCAUCUUGUGUUUGGCAGUCGUAGUGAUGGCGCUGCUGUACCGUCGUAGCAUGGCCAUCCGCCGCAAGAGAAUACUAAGGAGAUACCUGGAGAGUGGCGAGAGCAUCGAGCCACUGGAUCCCAGUGAGAAAGGAACAAAAGUUCACGCUCGCAUCUUAAAAAGUUCAGAGCUACGCAAGAGCAAACUUUUGGGUUCAGGAGUCUUUGGUACUGUCCACAAGGGUUUCUGGACACCUGAAGGUGACUCGGUGAAGAUCCCUGUUGCUAUAAAGACCAUUCAAGAUCGCACCGGGCACCAUAGUUUCACCGAGAUUACUGAUCACAUGCUGUCUAUCGGCAGUCUGGAUCACCAGUAUAUCGUGCGCUUGCUCGGAAUCUGUCCUGGACAAAGCCUGCAGUUGGUUACCCAGCUCAGCCCUCAAGGCUCCCUGCUGCAACAUCUGCGGCAAAAUGCAAACAAUCUAGACCCGCAACGCCUCCUCAACUGGUGUGUGCAGAUAGCCAAGGGCAUGUACUACCUAGAGGAGCAUCGGAUGGUCCAUCGGAACCUUGCUGCUCGUAACGUGCUGCUGAAAAGUGACUACAUUGUGCAGGUUUCUGAUUUUGGCGUUGCAGACUUACUCUAUCCUGAUGACAAGAAAUCUCUCUACAAGACUCCAAUAAAAUGGAUGGCAUUAGAGAGUAUCCUGUUCAGGAGAUACACACACCAGAGUGACGUCUGGAGUUAUGGUGUGACAGUAUGGGAGAUGAUGACACAUGGGGCGGAGCCGUACACGUCUAUGCAUCCUAACGAUGUCCCGGGUCUUCUGGAGAAGGGCGAGCGUUUGGCUCAACCACAGAUCUGCACCAUCGAUGUCUACAUGGUCAUGGUCAAGUGCUGGAUGAUUGAUGAGACCAUCAGGCCGACCUUUAAAGAGCUGGCUAAUGAGUUUACCCGAAUGGCAAGGGAUCCACCCCGAUACCUUGUUGUCAAGAAGGAUCAAAACAGUGCUGCGGCAGAAGAGAGUCAUGUGCGUGAGCCUAAGCUGGUGGAGGCUGACCUUGAUAGUGAGGAUGAUGAGGUGUUAGAUGAUGGCUUCCCCUCUCCUCCACUCCAGAUGUCUCCAACGAGGAGUCACUCUCGAAUGCGUAUGGGCUCCUAUAGGAGUGCCUCAGGCCAAAAUAUACCCAUGGGAUAUCUGCCCAUGUCUGCAAGUACCGGGGAUGAUCUCAAACAGAUGUGGUCCCAGAGGAAGCGUGUAGGCUCGGCGAGGACAACAUCCGAAAGCUCCGAAGGCAGGGGCACCAUGUUGGAUAUGGAAAUCUGCGAAAUCACCUCUCAGACAGGAAGCCUACGCAGGGGAUACAGCCGAGGAGACAGCGCUUACCUGUCCAACUCUGUGUCUGUCACAUCUGAUCCAUUUUCAUCAGGAAUAGAAGGGGCUGAGGAGGACCCAGAUGGGUAUAUUCUACCAAGAAGCAAUCACUCAGGACCAGUGCCUCGAUCCAGUUCUGGGGGCAGCCUUCUACACAACAGGGCAUCGAAAACCAGCAGGGGUCAACCUCAGGCUGUCCCAGAUCCAUCACAGGAGUAUGAGUUGAUGAUCAAACAGCCUGCUGUACCUCCUCACUCACCAGGACACAACAGUGGAAACAUCUUGGCCAAUCUUCCUGUCUUUCAAAAAUCUCCCAGUGCUGAUCCUGUGACCUGCAGUAGCAGUCUUUUACCACAAGAGGCUGUCCAAACACAAAAUGACAGUAGCAAUGAAAAUGAGCACAUGUCUUUGCUAGGUUCAACAGACAAUGAGAAAGCAUCUGAGAAAGGGCUGUGUGAAGAUAGUACUGAUGGGGGCACAGGUCCAGGGCAGGGCCAGCCACGGCAGGCUGUGGUUAAGUACGAAUGCAUGGACAUAAGAAAUGAACCGACGUUAGAAAAAGGCCACACCCGCUCACACAAACCUAGAGAAGAAGGGAUCUACCAGAAUACUUAUGAGCUACCUGUUUCAAAGGGAGACAACAGAAGGAGCUGCAAGGCGGAUGAGGACAAAGCCAUCACCGAUGAGCCGGACGAAUACGAGGACAUGAAUUCAUGCGGGAAAGCUCGUGCAUCAGACGUUCGGCUCGAGUACCAGAACUUUCCAACUAAGGGGAGAAUGGUGUCAGGAGAAGAGCCGCACAGAGUCACAAUGAGAGCCUUCCAGGGUGUGUGUGCUGAUGUAGAUGAAGAGAACAGCAACAUGUCUUUCGACAACCCAGACUAUUGGCACAGCAGACUCUUCCACAAACCGGAUGCUGUAUGCACAUAAUAACACUUUAGUGCAGAAGUCCUAAACUGAGGCAGCUGGUUUGCUCACCAGGGACCUAAUCUGAAAAAGUAUGGCUGUACGCUGUUUCUUAACCAUCAGGAUUUAUAAACUGGCAAAAAAAAAAGUACUGUCUCACCCAUACUCUUGUUCAUUGCUUUGAUUUGCAGUUAAACUGACCUUCUCUUAGGAUUCAGUAUAUUCGUGAUGAAAGUUAUAAUAAUGUUAAUGAAGAUGUUUAAGUCUCUAAUCAGAGUUUAAGCUGGGGUUAGUGAUUUUUUUUUUUAAUCAGAUCUCUUUGUAAUACAUGGAGUAAAAAGUCCUUACAUUUUGGCAGCUGUCAAUAAAAUAUCUACAUAGUGAAGAAAAAAUAAAAACGAUGUCAGUCUCCGGAAAAAUGGAUCACUAACAUGCGAGUGAUCUGCCUGUCAGUCGUAUGUUCUGUUAAAUCAGCGAUUUAUACUACCAUUUACAAAACAUCUUGCCCAUGCUCAGUUCCACCCAUAUGUAAUCUCUUGUUAGUAGUGACAUUACAAUACAAGUUAUCUGUCUAUUUUGUGCUUAAAAGUGGUGUAUUGGUGAUGCAGAAUAGACAAUGUUUGAUGUGAAGCAUUUCUUUCAUUAGCAUUCGCCAUGUUGGGGAAUGGUUGUAAAGUGUGAAAUUGUAUUGUUUUCUUCUGUAACAUGACUCAGGCUAUAAAGACUAUUAAGCUGGACUCUGGUAUAAACAUCUGAAUUUAAGUGUAUGGUUCAAACAUUAUCGUGAUAUACACUAAGUUGUUACUUCUUUACAUUCUGCCUGUGUGAGCACUGUGAGAUAGACAUUAGAACUGUUCAUACAACAUCACACACAUCUUUGUAUCUUCUGAACCCAGGCACACAUGUACAGAUCCAUCUGCGGCAUUUGUACAUACAAAAUGUAUGAGAAUGAAAUCAGGACAAAGUUUUAUACACAAGACCCAAGGUUUCUACAGGUUUUAUCAAGCUAUAUAAUACUGCCAGUACAGUAUAGGGGAGGCCGACUGGGUGUGUGUGUGUGUGUGUGUGUGUGUGUGUGUGUGUGUGCAGUUACAUCAAAUGCAUGAAGUGUAGCGUUUUGAAGUUUCAUAAACUACCAUGUUUAUAUGUUUUAUAUGUAAUGUAAUGCCAAGUUUUGAUAAAUUUAUAUUUUUGUCCUUGUUUUCCUCACACUCACUGUCGAUAUAGUGUAUGAAUAGAAUUUUUUUGAAUGUUCAUAAAGUAAAAUGUAAAUUUCUAUAUAUUUUUCUGUUUUCUGUCAGAGAAUUAAAAGGAGAUCUUAACAUUCAUGCUUGUGGCCUGUAUACCUAAAUAAAUACAUUACUAAUUUGA